GCACAUCUGUGACGAUGGAUGGCGAUUUCAGCGUGCCGGCGAUGCAGCUUCAGCUGCAGGGGCCAUUGACGGCCAUCAGCGACGCCAUCGGCAACCCGCAUGGGCAGAUCCGCCAAGCCGACGACGACGCCCAUCGAGAGAGGCAGAAACACGGCGCCUCCGACCCGUCAAGCGCAUCGCCCGAUGACGAGCUGAUGUUGAGUGUGGGCGGCGUCGAGUGGCAUGUGAGCCGCAAGCACCUGACGGAGGGCGACGGCGUGGAGGGCACUCUGCUGGCGGCGCUGUUCUCGGGCUGCUGGGACGGCCGGCUGAGGAAGGACGACAAGCAGAGAGUGUUCGUGGACGUUUGCCCAGAGGCCUUCAAGGCCAUCCACAAGGCCAUCCUCGACGCCGUCACCCUUCGCAGUGCGGGCAAGACGGUGUCGGUCGGUCACCUGCUGGGUGAGGCCACCAAGCGGGACUACAGAGGUGAGCAGAGGCACAGAGGUCAGCUACGCUUCUAUUGGGCUGUGUGAUGAAGGUUCGCAUGACUUCUGGGUCAAGCUGCUGCUGUCGCCGCUCGACAAAGCGGCCUCAGACGCCCCUCCAAGGGCCGAUGGCGAGCCCUCCAUAUCGGCCACUGACAGCCCCGCCGAGAGUGACGACACUGUCAAGACGGUGGAAGCCAUAGUCAAGGCGUUCGCCGCUGAGAGAGCCCGGCUGAAGGGGCUGCUGGCGUCCGCGAGGCGACGAUACACAAACCUCGACAACGAGAUCAAGGUGACACACACGAUGGGACGAGAGGAGCUACUCAUCUGGUGCGCCCUGUUUGUGUGUCUGUGUGCGACCAGGCCGUCACGCCAUUCCUGGCACCUCUGAGUGGCGAGGAUCCCAUUCGGUCAGUGAGGGUCUGCGGCCACGCCAUCGCCACCACACAGUCCACCGUCGACGAAAUGAACGACAAGCUCAAACAUCGCUUCGACAUGUCAGCCACACACGGACAGCCUGACAAUGACAGAGAUGCACACCGAUGGCUGCCCGUGUGUGUGUGUGUGUAGGUGGCCGCGGCCCGUCGAGGUGGUGCAGCCCGACCACAUCGGCCAUAUGGUCGACCACUACCGCCGCAAACGGCUCGGCGCGUCGGCGGCCGACAUGGCUGCGUCGCUGACGAUGGCCAGUGCGACAGAACAGGCAGCCUUGAACAUCAACGCGGCCAUGUACGGCGUCGAGACAGACAUAGUCAUCUCAGACACCAGGUGGACAGAUCGAGGGCAGCAACAGGCCGGGCUGGUGUCGCCAUCUGUCGUCUUGUUUGCCUUUGAAGUGGCGAUGUCUUCACGCAGAUGCCGUCUAGAGUGCGGUACAAGAUCGUGCAGCAAGGGGGCGGACCCAAACCGACACGUGACCAGAGGAUCAAAGUACGACUGGCUUCAGUGGCGUGAUGACUUCGACGGACAAGACAAGAAAUGCGAGGACCGUGGGCGGGAGUAUCUUGUGUCUGGGUUUGAUUAUUGGGCCCAAAAGGUCCUCACUGACAUGCGUGUGGGGGAGGUGCGGCGGGUCAUCGUGCCGGCCGGAGUGAGUUACAGCAGAAAGGAGCUGUACAUGGAGUAUAGUCUCUUGGCCAUUCUGUGAGCACUGCCUCCUAGUGCGUCAUUGGAAAGAAGGCCAUCCUGUGAGUGUUCGUCGGGGACGGGCGGUCAGUGCCGUGUACGUGUGGCGGUGUGUCCCUUUGUACGUUUUUUGCAUGCUUACGGGGGCUGCUAAGUGAUGUGUGUUGGGUACCUUUGGCGCGAAGGGUAUUUCUCUGUGUGCCUGAUGUGUGUGGCGAGCAAGUGAUGAGACCUGUUUUAUUGCAAGCGCACGAUGACCGGUGCAGAUGCCUUUUAUCCAAUGGUGUGUGGUGUGACAAACCAUCACGGAUGCCAACACGCUUGACUGAGAUCGUGACCCCCACCGCAUCAGACCCAGAGAGCAAGACAGAUGCAAACACA